CUUUUCUGAAACUGAUUUUUUUUUCUUCUCUCAACAAAAAGUGUCAAUUCUUAGUCACAACAACAUUAAAGAAAUGAAAGCAAAAAAUUAACUCUUUUUGUUGCUGUAAAAAGAAAGAGCCAAUUGUUUGAUUUAAUUGUUAAAUCAUUAACUGAAACCAGAAAAUCGUGGGUUUGGAAUAUUUUGUUUUCCUGUUUUUCUAUUUUGUAUUUACCACCAACACCAAGGACCCAAAACUGUUGGAAGAGAAAAAGGAUUUUUGGUGACAAUUUUAUCAAUGGAACAAGUUAAUUAAAGACCAAGAUGAAUAAUAAUUAUAUUGAUCUGGUGCCUUUUGAAUUUUGUCAACAACAAGAAAGCAAAAGAUUCAAUCGCAAUGGUAGAAUUGAUUUUAAAGUGUAUCCAAUAACAAAAGGAGAACAAUGAUCAACCUAAUUGUUAACCUCUUUAAUGCUCAAUUUAUACUUCUAAUUGGUGAGAGAGAUCAAACAAAAUCAUCAAUCUAUUCAAAUUUAUAUUCAACAACAACAACAACAAGACACAUUUCCAAGAAUUAACAACAAAUAUCAACAAACUAUCAUCCUCAUCAAUAGAAUCAUUGUUUUUAUCAUUUUAUCAAUUUAUAUAUUUUCUAUUUAAUCGUAUUGUUGAUUUCCUUUUUCUAUUUACAAUCAACUGUACAGUGUCUCUCUCUCUCUCUCUCUCUCUCUCUCUCUCUCUCUCUCUCUCUUCCUUUCCUUUCGUUAAUUUGCUUCUUUUUCCACCCUCUCUAAUGUAAUCAUACGCCCCUCUUAAUCAAGAGCCUGUUUAAUUCAAUAAUCAACAAUCAACAUCAUCAAAUUGUGAACAAAUCAGAGGAACAUCAUCAAAACGAGAGAUCGCAUCAUCUAUUAACUCAUCGAAAUAAUCAGAGAAGAAAGAAAAUCAUUUUCUCUCUCAUCCAAGAUGAAUGAACAAUUUACCCGAGAUUCAAGUGAAACCAAACCAGCUCUCCCACCAAGAUUAUUCAUCCGUCCACCACCUCGUAAACCAACUGUGAUCAAUGAGCUGAAGAUGAAAGUGCCCUUACCCCGGCGAGCAUUACAAUCACAAUCACAACAACAAGUAAACAAUAAUGGUCCAACAAUUGAAUUUACUAAAUUAACUCCACCGCCAUCAACAAGCCAUAAAAAUGAAGGGUGUAAAAACACCACAACAACAACAUCCACCUUUACCAGUUAUAUUUAUAGUAGUAUAGCUGAAACACCAACAGUAAAUGAAAACAACAUUAACAAUACCGUUAACAAUAAUAAUAAUAUCAACAACAACAACAACAACAAUAAUAAUAAUAAUAAUAAUGUUACUACUACUGUGGCCUCAUCAAGACUUACAAGUAAUGAAGUUAACGGUAAUCCAUCCCAAGUAAAAUCUACUCCCGAUUAUGGUAUCAUCAAUCGAAGUGGGUCAAUACAAUCACAACAACAUCAAGCACCAAUACGAUCAUAUCAACCAUUCAAUGAUUUACCAUUUAGACCUAAUGCUCCGAAUACCCUUUGUUUAAAUAGUAAUAAUAAUACCAAUCAGUCAUCUUCAUCUGCAUCAUCUUCACCCUCUUUUGCCAACAAUUUUACACCAUUUACAUCAACAUCAACUUAUGCCAUUGUUUCACCUCAGAAACCACAUCCUGGUAAAUCAAAUUGGUUACCCGUUAAUAGCGGUACCAAUAGACCUGCGGCUUUGUCUCAUAGUAAUUCAUUCCCUUAUUUUGAUCCAUUUAAAAGAGACUCCAACAAUAUCCAAUUACAACAAAAACAACAACAACAAUCAUCAUCAACAUCAAACAAUACUAAUGUCUAUCAACAAAUACAACAAUCAGCAAUCACUCAUCCUGCUCAUUCAUUUGCAUCAAAUUCAGUUCAAAAUUUAUCUUACUUUUAUUCAUCAGUUACAUCACAAGUAAAUAAUGAAACGGUUCGGGAGAUGUUGGAAAAAAUUCGUAAACUUGGUGAAUUAGAGAAAUUACCAAAUGAGAAUCUAAUUGAUCUUGGACCAAAUUAUUCGGUUAAUCAACAAGAUGAUCUAGAAGAUUUGUUAAACCUUUUCGAUCCCUUAAUGAACAUAACAGAUGAAUGUGCUAUCGGUGGUUGUCAAGGUACAACUGAUAAUAAUAGGAAACAAUCAGGAGCCGAUGAAAAAUCAAUCAACAAUAAGGAAAUGACAACCGAUGAAUCUUGUUCAACCUCAUCAACCUCGUCAACAUCUUCUUCAUCAGCAACAACACCUCGAGAAACGAUUCCACCUCCAGCACCAAUGAGAGUUGAUUCAAUUGAUUCAUCAUCAAUCAAUACCUGUGACCAUGGACCAAUUAAUUCAUCAUCUAAAUUAUCAUCAGACAAUGAAUCAAAUUCCAGACUCUCUCGUAACAGUAAUAAUACAAUUCCCGCUGAUGCCAAUUUUCGUGUACGAUUCCGACCUUCACGUGCAGAUGCUGAAUUGACCUCUUUCGCACUAAAAGUUCACACAAUUCGAAGUAAAUUCAUCUCAACUGAUAAAUUAACCAAUUGUGGUUUUGUAGCAAGUCCAGGAUUAGAUUAUCGCAGGGAUAAUACACUUAGUGUUAAACUACAAAUCUAUCAUAAAUCAACCGAAUCACCUUUAUCGUUUACCUGUAAUGUCAAUACUUCAGUUGAACAUGUUGUCUGUCAUGCAGUUUGUUCAAUUCUUGAGGAUACCGUUGGUGUUAAUUUCGAUGAAUUUGUUUUAAAAGUUAAUUCUCUCAAUGAAUAUCUGGUCAAUCGAUCAACCCUUGGAGAUUAUUCUUAUAUUCAUCAUUGUCACAUGUUUGAUGAAGAUGUAAGGUUAACAUUGAUUAAUACCAAUGAAACUUGCCAUAAUAUUUACGCUCGAACCGUUGAAGAUGAUGAAACUGUUGUUAACCUUUCACCUGAUGAUCUUUUACCUCAACAUUGUGUAUGUAAAUUUGGUGAAAUUAAUCGAGAUACGGUAAACAUUAUGCUGGAAACACUAGAAGGUGAAAUUAGUAAAUUGGUUUUUAAUUCUAGUCACGAGAGUUUGGUUAAAACAAUCAAGGGUGUUAUCCAAGCAACCAAAGCACUUUGCUCACUAUUGGGUAACUGUGAUAUACUCCAGGUAACAGAGGCCAUUGAAAAUUUAUCACAAUUAUCUCUAGUCUAUGAUCAAUACAAGAAACGAGGUGAAAUUAUUCUCAAUCAACUAUCAGAGGAACAAUUAGAAGUAAUUCACAAAGAGGUUUUCCAUCAUGCAAUCGUCAAAUUAAAACGAGCAAUUAGAGAGAUGAUUGAUCUUUAUUGUUGUGCAUUUCCAGUUGAUUUUGAAUUGAUACCAGAAAAUAAUUUAGAUAUUGAAUCAAUCCUAACAAAUAGUGUAACAAAUGAUAAUAAUAAUAGAUUAUCAUCUUCAUCUGAUGGAUUAACAACAAGCACAAUAUCAUCUCAUGAUGAACCUAAACAAUCAUGUUCAUUAUCAACAAUGUCGGAAGCUUUAUUGGUUUACGUUGGAACAGUUAAUUGUCUCAAUUUUGAUUGGAAAAUGAGAUAUCGUGAAUUCUAUGUAUCCUGUGAAAUUUGGUUCGGUGAAAAUUUAAUUGCCAAUUGUAAAACCGGACGUGUACCUGUUAGUCAAGGACUUUUCCAGAGGCUGGUUUUCAAUGAAUUGUUACAUUUUCAAUCAGUUCUACUUUCCUCCCUACCUCGAGAGUCUUACCUUUAUUUCAAUUUGUAUGGUAUUGAAUUUCCUUCAUCAUCAUCAUCAUCAUCUACCAACAAUCAGCCUCCAUCAUCAUCUGCAUCAACUCCACUCUCAAAUUCAUCUACUCCAAUAACUGAUCAAUCAAUAAUUUCUUCAACCGGUGAAAGAGAAACACCUAAACUUGUUGCACUCUCAGUUCUCAAGCUUCUUGAUUUCCGUCAACAUCUUGUCCAAGGUUCGAUACUUCUUGGCAUGUGGACUGGAGAUAUUGUCAAUAAAACGGCUCGAACUUGUUUUAACACAUCUAACCUUGAAAAAGGAUCACCAUUAAUUAUAAUUAACUUGCCUGAUCAUGGUUGUGACAUUUGUUUCCCAUCAAUUGAACCAGAAUCAAAUAUCAAUACUUACAUUAAACAAGAUCUUAAUUUACUUGAUUCAGCAACUCAAACCGAUAUCCAUGUAAUACUUAACUCGGAUCCGGUUCAACAAAUGUCACGUUCUGAUGAAAAUAUUAUCUGGGAUCGUCGUCACUAUUUACAUGAGCUUCCAUCAGCUUUACCAAAGGUACUAAAAGCAGCACCCUCAUGGAAAUGGUCUUAUCUCAAUGAUAUUUAUCACAUGAUUCAAACAUGGAAUCCACUUCCAGCCAUUGAUGCAAUGCAACUUUUAUUACCUCCUUUCUUGGAUAAAUAUGUCCGCUCAUCGGCGGUCACUUGGAUUGGACGAUUAAGAAACGAUGAAAUCUGUGAUUAUCUACCCCAGUUAAUUCAAGCGCUUCGAUUUGAACCAUACUUUGAUUCAGCGUUGAUUUGGUUCCUUUUAGAAAAGGCUUACUCAAGUGUCCGUAUCGCUCACAAUUUAUACUGGCUACUCAAACAGAACCUCGAUGAUCCCAUCUUUUCGUACCGAUCACGGAUCUAUUUAAACGCUCUCCUACUUACCUGUGGUGAGGCUCUUCGAAAUCUUUUCGAAAACCAGGAAACACUUCUUUCGAAAUUAUCUCUUGCCACUGAUCAUCUGAAAACAACUAAAGACUCACAUCGAAUGAUUUCCCUCUCCAGAGACCUAGAACCAGUCGAUAAUUUCUUAAUGACUCAUCCAUUAGCGCUACCACUCUCACCGAGUAUGCAGGUUGUCGGUUUGAACAUAAAAUCUUGUUUCUAUUUCACCUCCAACACUUUACCCAUUAAAUUGGCCUUUAAAAGUGAACCAUCAAGCUCCGUUUUUACCCAAAUAGACGCGAUGUACAAGGUUGGUGAUGAUCUACGACAAGAUUCAUUUACCAUGCAAAUGAUUAAAAUUAUGGACAAAUUGUGGUUAAAAGAAGGUCUCGAUUUGAAAAUUGUAACCUUUGGUUGUAUUGCGACAGAUUUUCGUAAGGGUUUCGUUGAGAUUGUUAAAAAUGCUGAAACUUUACGGAAAAUUCAAACAGAAUAUGGUAUUACCGGAUCAUUUAGAGAUUCUUGUAUAUCGGAGUGGCUUCAAAAACACAAUACAAGUGAACUAGAGUACCGAAAAUCAGUUGAAAAUUUCACCUACUCGCUGGCCGGUUACGUGGUGGUCACUUAUGUUCUUGGAAUUGGUGAUCGGCAUAAUGAUAAUAUUAUGAUAACCACAUCGGGUCACUUGUUUCACAUUGACUUUGGUAAAUAUCUUGGUGAUGCUCAAAUGAUUGGCUCAAUCAAACGAGAUCGAACUCCGUUCAUUUUGACUAGUGACAUGGCCUAUGUAAUUAACGGAGGUGAUAAACCGUCCAAACAAUUUCAAUAUUUUGUUGACCUUUGCUGUCAGGCCUUUAACAUUAUCCGCCGUCAUACCAAUCUAUUUUUAAAUCUUUUCUCACUCAUGGUUUCCUCUGGAAUACCUGGACUUUCAAUCGAUGCCGUUAAGUACAUUCAUCGAACUCUUUUACCAAGUUUAACGGAAGCCGAAGCGACCGCUGCUUUCAACAAAAUGAUCGGUGAAACAUUAUCCUCAGUCUCCACCAAGUUCAACUUUUUCCUUCAUAAUUUGGCUCAAUUAAGAUUCACGGGCGACCAUAAUGAUCCAUCAACUCUGUCCUUUGUUCCCAAAAAGUACACCAAAGAGACCGAUGGUCGUAUUAUUGGCCUUCGAGUUGAAAAUUAUUUCAAAAAGUAUGAACCUGAAAAGGUUUACAUUUAUGUGAUUAGAGUUGAAAGGGAGCAUCAAAAAGAUCCAACUUUUGUUUGCCGAUCUUAUCGAGAGUUUUACGAGCUCCAUCAGAAAAUGACCUCACUAUUCCCCCUGGUUCGUCUUUACCCAUUAAACAGAUCGUCAAGUUUCAUGGGCCGAAGUAACACCCGUGAAGUGGCCGAAAAACGCGCUCCUGAGAUUGAUUUCUUUUUAAUGUCUCUCAUGCAUAUGACAGAAGAAAUCGCUCACAGUGACAUAGUUUACACCUUUUUCCAUCCGAUUCUUCGUGACCAGGAAGCCAUUUGGGGACAAAGUUCAUCGAGUUCAUCAUCACUUCCAUCAAUGGCAUUAUCGGCCGCUGCAUAUACAUCAACGGCCGCCGCCUUCUCACCCGGAUCCCAAACAUCAUCCAACUUGUGUCCACCCUCAAUGAUGACCCUCUCCUCACCAAUGUCAUCAUCGACAACAUCCUCAAUCAAACUGUCCAUUCAAUAUCGUAACGGUGAACUGAUCAUAAUGGUUAUGCACGCUAAGAACCUUCAAUCACCUCGAUCAUCAUCUCCCGAUGUUUACGUGAAAACUUAUCUUCUUCCCGAUUCAUCCAAAUCAACUAAACGAAAAACCAAAGUGGUAAAUCGUAACAGUCACCCCACCUUCAUGGAGAUGAUAAUCUAUCCCUUCCCCAAGGAACAAGUUCUACUUCGAACCCUUCAAGUGUCCAUUUGGGACUACGAUCGUGUCUCUGGCAACCUUUUCAUGGGUCAAGCACUUAUUCCCCUCCAUGAACUAGAUUUAACUAAUGAAACAGUCGAUUGGUAUCCAAUGUCAACAUGAACAAUCAAUUAAUAAUCAGCAACACAAAUUGAAUUGCUGACUAACCUCUUGGGGGAAUCAUUAAUUAAAUUAAUCAACAGAUAAUCAAUGCAUCUGAACAAAGGAUCCAUUACAUGAAGAGCUUUAAAUAAUCAAUUGAUCAAAUCAAUUAAAUCAUCAAUUAAUCACUAGCACUUUUUACUGAUUAUCACAAAAAUCAACUUGAAUUACCUUCACCCUAAAUCUUAAAUCCAUCCGUAAAUGUAAAUCAAAUCACAAUUGGAUUUAUUUUUUCACCUUUAAUACACAUCACAAUUAACUAAAUCUUGGAUCAAAUUGUCUAUACACACGAACAAUCAACCAACAAUUAAUCAAUUACUUUCUUUUUCUACUCGAAGUACUUUCAUAAAUUAAUCAACAAUUAAGGUGUUUCAAUGUGUAUCUAUUGUCUGCUUAAUUUACUUUUAAUUAUCCAUCUUAAUUACCAAUAUAACUUUGAUUGUUAAUUGUUUCUCUCUCUCUCUCUGUAAAUUAUUAUAUAUCCUUCAAAUUAGUUUUACAUCAUCAUCAUCAUCACCAAACACAACAAUCAACGAAUCAUCUUUAUCAUCCUUAACCAUAAUUGGUUCUUGCUUGGAAAUGAUUAACAAUUAUCACUUACAAACUAAUUUUUUACACCAACAAUUGAAUCUGAUUUUUAUCAUCACAAUUUAAUUGCAUCAUUAUGAUCAACUCCCUCUGAUAUGAAUCAUUUGUAUCUCAACACUUUUUUUAAACAAAAAUCAAUUCAAAUUUGUUAAUCAACAAA